CUUCCCAGAUGCUUCGAACCACGGUUCCGAGAGCGCACGCGGCUCCCGGGACUCCGCGCGUUGGUUGGCCUGGAGUUACUCCCUGCGGGGGUGUGUUGAGGGCCGAAAACUUAAGGGAAUGGAGUGACCUGCUCCACCGGGAGGCCCUGAAGCGGGCCAGGGGGGCCGGGGCAGGCGCGCAUAGUCUAGCUCAGCGGCCUGACCUGCACUGCGCCCGGCAGGAAUGUGGCCCAGUCUCCACGGCCGCAGCCUGUCGAGCACAGGUUGACAGCAGCAGGGACGAGCGCGGGGCCGUGGGGAGGCUCGGUGUUCCGGUGCUCCGCCUCCAAUCUGCCUUCCUUUGCAGCAGCUGAGACCCGGGAGAUCGAAGAACUGUGGGAAAGUUUCCCCUCUCCCCCUGGGCCCCAGCGGAAGCGCGAGCGGGGCGUGGCUCGCUCCCGGUGGCCCGCGACGCCUCCUAUGAUGUGCGUUUCGAUUGGUCGGAGGGACCGUCUGUCAACAAGGCCUCUCCAGUCCUGCGUUUCUCUCUAUUGGUCGCCGGGGCCGUCUAUCAGCUCCGGCGGCGGGCGCUUCCCGGGCAGCGACGGGGUGGAGCCGGAGGAGGAAGUCGGCGGCUGUGUUGGGCUAUCUGUCCGCGAGGAGGAGGAGCUCGCUGCAGGGACGCAGGGCUGGGCAGCCGGCAGCAGCAGCGGCAGUGGCGGCGGCUGGGGUCCCGGUCGGAAGCGCCAUAGUCAAGGAUGUCAGAGAUACAUCUCUGAGUUCUUCCCAUCUGUCCGGCAGCAGUGCACCAAUGACAUGGCCAAAAGCAACUCUGUUGGCCAGGACAGUUGUCAGAACUCUGAGAGUGACAUUAUCUUCCCUGCAGAGAGCAGUUGUGCCCUACCUAGGGAAAGUGAUGGAGAAGACAGAUUAGGCUCAUCAAGAUCUGUUCCAUCCACCAGGAAGCGGUCUCGGUCCUUUGAAGAAGAGGACAGUCAGGCUACAGGGACCAGCCAGGGACAUGGAGUUUCUAAGACCCCACGACAUCAUUUGUCCCUGUCAUGCACAAGGCCUAGGGAGAUCAGACAGGAAGCAGGGGACUGUUUGUCACGACUCUCUGCAGAGUCUGGAGAAACUGACCUCGAAGUUGAAGACAUUGGUCCUGAUCCCAUCCCUGACUCAUACUAUGGACUUCUUGGGACCUUACCCUGCCAUGAAGCACCAAGCCAUAUCUGUAGCCUGCCCAAUGAAGUCCUGAGGCAUAUUUUUGCCUUCCUCCCUGUGGAAGACCUUUAUUGGAAUCUGAGCCUGGUGUGUCACCUCUGGAGGGAGAUCAUCAGUGACCCUCUGUUUAUUCCUUGGAAAAAGCUGUAUCAUCGAUACCUGAUGAAUGAUGAGCAAGCUGUCAGCAAGGUGGAUGGUAUCCUUCUGAACUGCGGCAUAGAGAAGGACUCAGACCUGUGUGUGCUGAACCUCAUACGAUAUACAGCCACCACUAAAUGUUCCCCGAGUGUAGACGCUGAGAAGGUGCUGUGGAGCCUGCGGGACCAUCCCCUCCUUCCUGAGGCAGAGGCAUGUGUGCGUCAGCACCUACCCGACCUCUAUGCUGCUGCUGGGGGCAUCAACGUCUGGGCGGUGGUGGCAGCGGUGGUGCUCCUCUCUGGCAGUGUGGACGACAUCCAGCAACUGCUCUUCUGCCUCAGGAGACCUGGCUCCACUGUGACAGUGCCAGAUAUCACUGAGACCUUGUACUGCAUUGCUGUGCUUCUCUAUGCCAUGAGGGAGAAGGGGAUUAACAUCAGCAAUAGGAUUCAUUACAACAUUUUCUAUUGCCUAUAUCUUCAGGAGAAUUCCUGUACUCAGGCCACAAAAGUUAAAGAGGAACCAUCUGUUUGGCCAGGCAAGAAACCUAUCCAGCUUACACAUGAGCAACAGAUGAUUCUGAACCAUAAGAUGGAACCUCUCCAGGUGGUAAAAAUUAUGGCAUUUGCAGGCACUGGGAAGACCUCAACUCUGGUCAAGUAUGCUGAGAAAUGGUCUGGGAGUAGGUUUCUGUAUGUGACAUUCAACAAGAGCAUCGCAAAGCAGGCCGAGCUUGUCUUCCCCAGCAACGUUAUCUGCAAAACCUUUCAUUCCAUGGCCUAUGGACACAUUGGGCGGAAGUACCAAUUGAAGAAAAAGUUGAAUCUCUUCAAAUUAACACCCUUCAUGGUCAAUUCUGUCCUCGCUGAAGGGAAAGGUGGAUUCAUAAGGGCCAAGCUAGUGUGUAAGACUUUGGAAAACUUCUUUGCCUCAGCUGAUGAAGAGCUGACUAUCGAUCAUGUGCCUAUUUGGUGUAAGAACAGCCAAGGACAGAGGGUCAUGGUCGAACAGAGUGAAAAACUGAAUGGUGUCCUUGAAGCUAGUCGACUCUGGGACAACAUGCGGAAGCUGGGAGAAUGCAAAGAAGAUGCUUAUCAGAUGACUCAUGAUGGCUAUCUGAAACUCUGGCAGCUGAGCAAGCCUUUGCUGGCCUCUUUUGACGCCAUCUUUGUGGAUGAGGCCCAGGACUGUACCCCAGCUAUCAUGAAUAUCGUUCUGUCCCAGCCAUGUGGGAAGAUCUUUGUCGGAGACCCGCACCAGCAGAUCUACACCUUCCGUGGGGCUGUCAAUGCUCUGUUCACCGUCCCCCACACACACGUCUUUUAUCUCACACAGAGUUUUAGAUUUGGUGUGGAAAUCGCAUAUGUGGGAGCUACUAUCUUGGAUGUCUGCAAGAGAGUAAGGAAAAAGACUUUGGUUGGAGGAAACCACCACAGUGGCAUUAGAGGGGAUUCAAAGGGGCAAGUGGCUCUGUUGUCUCGGACUAAUGCCAAUGUGUUUGAUGAAGCUGUCCGGGUGACUGAAGGAGAAGUACCUUCAAGGAUACACUUGAUUGGGGGGAUUAAAUCAUUUGGAUUGGACAGAAUCAUUGAUAUUUGGAUCCUUCUUCAGCCAGAGGAAGAACGAAAGAAACGAAACCUCUUCAUUAAAGACAAAUUUAUCAGAAGAUGGGUGCACAAAGAAGGCUUCAGUGGCUUCAAGAGGUACGUGACUGCUGCUGAGGACAAGGAGCUUGAAGCAAAGAUUGCAGUAGUUGAGAAGUAUAAUAUCAGAAUUCCAGAACUGGUGGAAAGGAUAGAGAGAUGCCACAUAGAGGAUCGAGACUUUGCAGAGUACAUUUUGGGCACUGUGCAUAAAGCCAAAGGCUUGGAGUUUGACACUGUGCAUGUUUUAGAUGAUUUUGUGAAAGUGCCUUGUGCCAGGCAUAACCUUGCCCAGCUGCCCCACUUCCGAGUAGAAUCAUUUUCUGAGGAUGAAUGGAAUUUACUGUAUGUUGCAGUAACUCGAGCCAAGAAGCGUCUCAUCAUGACCAAAUCAUUGGAAAACAUUUUGACUUUGGCUGGGGAAUACUUCUUGCAAGCAGAGCUGACAAGUAAUGUUUUAAAAAUGGGAGUGGUUCGCUGCUGCGUGGGGCAGUGUAACAAUGCCAUCCCUGUGGACACCGUCCUCACCAUGAAGAAGCUCCCUAUCACCUAUAGCAACAGGAAGGAAAACAAGGGUGGCUACCUCUGUCACUCUUGUGCAGAGCAGAGGAUUGGGCCUCUGGCAUUCUUAACUGCCUCUCCAGAGCAGGUGCGCUCCAUGGAACGCACCGUGGAAAACAUAGUGCUGCCUAGACAUGAAGCCCUGCUCUUCCUUGUCUUCUGAGACUGCGCAUUCUCCGUGGUACAGCAUGGCUGGCUGUGAACUUCAAGUAUGGAAGAAAGCCAGUGUGGGGUAGGGUUCCCACUCCCCCGAGACUCCGAGCUCACUCACAGAGCACUUUCUGAGGAAGAAGAAGCCAACCAGAGCUGGGCCUGCCAUCUCUCCAUUCCCUACAGAGAGCCAGCUUCCACUUGCCUAUCCUCCAUAUGCAUCAGGGUGGGAAAGAUGGGAGGUUCUUUUGAUAAAAAAAAAAAAAAAACACAUUUUAUGUAUUUAAACUUUUAUUACAAGAUUUCAAUUAAACAGGCAUCAUAGCACUGCAUACCACUGUGGGACAUUGGCUUCAGUGCUAUUUUUGAAUGUCUUUGAAUUCCCUCUUUUUAAUAGAAACCAGUUUUACACUUUUCAACAGCUCCUUACUGUUUACAUGACACAUGAAGCAGAGUGAUACUUAACGUCUAGGGUGAUAAUUAACAUGCCAAAAAUGAGACUGUUGUGCUAUGGGGCGUCACGCAUGUGUAAAUGUAGUGUGAGCCUUUGCCAUUAUGAGACUCACAGCUUAAACAGGAAGGUGAUGCCAUACAUGAAAGACAAAUGCAAGAUGAUAGUAACUAGACUUCUCGUGUUCCCUGCAAGUAAAACUGAUGAUCAACAACACUUGGGAGGGAAUGCGGAGGUGGCUAGCUGCUUUGGAGGAGACAGUAGAUGAGAGAUGGGAACCUAGUUCACUGCACUGGGGUUUCCAGGUUGUGUCGUAAUAAAUUAUCAUAGAAGCUACCAGUUGGAAAACUCUCAUCACAUAAGUGUGUAUGGAUCUAGAAUCUGACAUUUUGCCAUUUAAGAGUUUCAGGAUGCUGAUGGCAGCUGGAGGGGAUGACAUGGCACCACCAAAGAUUUUAUGACAUAAGUCUCUGAGUCAAGUCGAGCAGAGUCAAGAUCUUAUAACAUCUUUUCAGGAGAAUCAUUCCAGUUACAGUUUGGAGGGGUCUUUAAGAUGGUCAGAUCAAUGAAAAGGCUAAUGGUUGUGAUCUCAGCAAAGUUUGACAGCUAGUAAGCUGGAAACUGCAGUUGCAGUGGGGCUGGUGAUGAGGGAGUGGACACAUAGCUCUGUGGUUCCAAAUGUUGGGUGCCUGGACAGCACCAUUGGUCUCCCCACCAUAGACCUUCAGCUCACUCUGAGGGUGCAGCCCAGCACUUGGCAUUGGAUAGGCCCUGUGGGUGACUCUGAGCACACUGAAUUUUAAGAAUUUCUGCUCUUGAUAAAUUAAGACAGUAGAAUCCAUAGGACUUAGUGCUUAGAUGAGGUGGCAACUCCACAAUAGCACCUCAGUAUGACUCCCUGUUUUCUGGUUGGUUCUGCAAGUAGAUGAGGGUACCCUUGUGACAGAAAAAGGAAGGUGUCACAGGUUUGUGUAAAAGUGAUGAGUUUGAUUUUGGGCAUGUUAACGUUUAGGAAUACUUGUGAGACAUCCAACUAGAAUGUUCUAGGAGAUCAUUGGGUAAGCAGAUCUGUAUUUCACCAAAGAGCCUUGGGCUGGAAGUAGAGGUUUUAGAGUUGUCAGUAUGUAUGUGGUAGGUAAGAUAGUUAAAUGUAAAGGUUUUGACAAGUUUAUCCCAGAAGUAUAAAGGAUAAGAGCAGAGAUUCAAGAAAACAGCCUGAGGAACACAGGCUUGGGGUAAAGGAAGGAAGAGGGUUUUGUGAAGAAGAUUGACAACUGAUUUGAGAGGAAUGGCCCUCAUGAGAGAGUUAUUACUGAACUCAAGAGAGGAAUCCGCUUAAGGAGAAAGUGCUCUUUGGUAUCCAAUGCUAAAAAGAGACCAAUAAACUAGGGAUGAUGAGACGGUCCUUUAACUUUCACACUGUGAAAGUCAGUGCUUCUCAAUAGCUGAGCAAUUUCAGCAAGGCCAGAAACUGACAGUAAACAGACUUCAGUGGCUAAAAUGUCAGUGUGUAAUUUCUGGUAAUUUGAGGGUUGCACGUAUGUAUUUACUUUGGUUUCUUCCUUAAACCAUACUAAAAUGAUGACAAGAAGGACUUGGUUU